CUGUCAGCAAAACUCGAGGCGAACGGUACGCGCAGUCGCACAUCCGUACAACCGUGCACCCGUGCAUCCGUCAGAUACAAAACCGAACCGAUGCUCUCGAAGCAACCGAACUAACGCAGUGCGGCUUCUAAACAACUCGCGGCCAAAAACGAAACCCAGUGAGAACGUCGUCGACGACGGACAAGGAGUGAAACAUAUCGAGGCAGAAAAUACAUAAAGCGGAGGCAUAAAAAUUCCUCACAUCGCUCGGUGUGCGGACAAAAAGCCUAAAAUAAAACACAGCCAGUCGGCUGGCGGAGGUGCGAGACAAGAAAUUAAAUUGAUAAAGCCUAAAAAGCCACGUUCCUAGGACCUGGACCAGGCCCAGAGACCCAAGGCAGCGAGGACAGGGCCCAAGACCGAGCACUGAACACCGAACACCGAAAACCCAAGACCCCGCUGCUCCGCAGAAACUUGUCGCGCUGUUUGCUCUUCGCGGGCAAUUAUCGGGCGGAUCGGGAUCCGGGAAUCUGGGAAUUCGAGUGCGAAUCCAAGUGUGCCAGUGAGUGUGCGAGUGUGCAGUGAGUGUGUGUGCUACGGGCUGGUGUGGCAAAUAGCUCAAAGCCACGAAAUUGCUUUUAUCGGAGCACCGAAAUCGCCAACUGCUGAGAAAUUAAAAACAAAAAGAGAAACUGUUGUGCUGAAGGGCCAGCAAAAAAUAUUAACCCGCCGGGCCUGGCCAGCAACAAACCUAAAAAAAAAAAAUAAAAACAAAACAAACAAACAAACCAACGGCCAGCAAAAAUGUAUAAUAAAAAAUUACAGCAAGUGAUCGUGCAGAAAAUAGAUCGAUAAACCCAAGCCCCAACCCAAACCGAACUCGAACCCCGAAAAGCUAAGCUAAAGCUAAGCAAAGCAACAAAAAACAAGAGACGAAAAACGCGGAGUAUAAAAAUAAAUAAACGAGCGACGAUCAGCAAGCGAUCAAGGAGCUAUAGCAACUAUAUGUAGCAUCUAUAGCAGGAAGAGCACGUUUCUGUGUUUUUGUUUCAAUUUCAAUUGUGGAAAUCGUAGAGGAAAAAUUCGAACCGGUCGCAGGAGGAGUUGAAGUCACCAGCAGAGGAUCAAGAACCGACGAAGAAGCAAGCACCGCACCGAGAACGAGAACCCGACAACCAAGAACCGAUAUUUAUUAAACAAAGACAGAAAUUAAUUUCACGACUUUGUGCGGCACUGCAUCAGUGCCCCCGCCAGUGUGCCCUGCAUCCCGCCCUCCAUGCCCCACUUGAACUUUGAGCCUGAGGUCUGGGCUUGAACAGGGAAUCGGGAUCUUCGGCUCGCCGGCAAAAUGUACGACAUCAAGCGCCUGGAAGCGGGACAACAGAAACUACAGCAACAGCACCAGCACCAGCAUCAGCACCAGCAUCAGCACCAGCAUCAGGGCCUGGGCCUACGCCAGGAGCAGCAGCUCACCUGCAGCGUGAUCGCAGCGCCCGAGCACCGGACCCAUCCCAUCUCCAUCUCCAGUCCCAGUCCCUGUUCCAGUCCCAAUCCCAGCGAGGCCACCCACAUGACGCUGCUAACGUUGCGCCGGCGCCGGUCGCUGCAGCGGCGCGCCUGCCUACUCAGCAUCCUGGCCGCCUUCGUCUUUGGCAUGGCACUGGGCGUGGUCGUGCCCAUGUUCGGCCUGCCCCACCACCCGGAAUCCGCUUUAGAGACAGAGACAGAUCAGCCAGCGGAGCCGCUGAGCAGCUACCGCGUGGCGUUCAUCAAGGAGGCGGACUUCGCCACCGAGCUGAGUGCCGAGCAGGUCUUCCGCAACGCCUUCCACCUGGAGCAGGACAAGGAUGCCCCCGAUUCGAUGGUGGUAAAGAAGCUGGACACCGACGACGGCAGCAUCAAGGAGUUCCACGUGCAACGCACGGCCAGCGGCAAGUACCGCAAGGGCCCUGAGCGGAGGCUCUCCAAGAAGCUGCCAGAGCGGCCGGCUCAGCCGGAGACUCUACGCUCCCCUGUGGUAACGGCCUCGCCGGAUCCCCUGCAGGCGGGUCUCAUCGAGGAGGACGUCUUCUGGGGUCCCACGGUGGAGCGGGCCCUUCCCCGGGGAUUCGCCUCUCAGGAUCAGCUCAGUUGGGAGCGCUUUGUGGGCGAGCAGGGCCGCGUGGUGCGGCUGGAGCAGGGCUGCGGACGCAUGCAGAACCGCCUGGUGGUCUUCGCCGACGGAACCCGCGCCUGUGCUCGCUACCGCCAGAACACGGACCAGAUCCAGGGCGAAAUCUUCAGCUACUACCUGGGCCAGCUGCUCAACAUCAGCAAUCUGGCGCCCAGCGCCGCCACUGUGGUGGACACGAGCACGCCCAGCUGGGCGGCUGCCCUCGGAGACAUCACACAGGCCCAGUGGAAGGAGCGCCGCCCAGUGGUGCUGACCCGCUGGCUGUCCGACCUGGAGCCGGCCGGCAUUCCUCAGCCCUUCCAGCCGCUGGAGCGGCACCUCAACAAGCACGACGUCUGGAACCUGACACGGCACCUGAGCCAGGAGGCAGAGCAACUAGUACAACCAGCACAGGGACUGCUCAAGCGGCUGGGUGCAGGGCCGGGACCAGCUGCCAGCUCGCCGGGCUCCGCUCAUCAAUCAAGCACGAUUGAGGAGACAGGAACGCUGGUGCAGCGGCUAAUUGAAUUGGCACAAUGGUCCGAUUUAAUCGUCUUCGAUUACCUGAUUGCGAACCUCGAUCGCGUGGUGAACAACCUGUACAACUUCCAGUGGAACGCCGACAUCAUGGCCGCGCCGGCGCACAACCUCGCUCGCCAGUCCGCCUCGCAACUGCUCGUCUUCCUGGACAACGAGAGCGGCCUGCUCCAUGGCUACCGGCUGCUGAAGAAGUACGAGGCCUAUCACAGCCUACUUCUGGACAACCUCUGCGUCUUCCGGCGGCCCACGAUCGAGGCUCUGCGACGUCUUCGGGCGGCGGGAGCAGGUCGCCGGCUAAGGGAUCUGUUUGAGCGGACAACCAGCGCCGGGGUGCGAGAUGUGCUGCCCUCGCUGCCGGAUAAGUCGGUCAAGAUUCUGGUGGAGCGCAUCGAUCGGGUGCUGGGCCAGGUGCAGAAGUGCCAAGGCAGCUAGUAGACGCCUCAACAACCCUCAACUCGACUGAUAAGCUGUAAAUAAUGAAGCAGUGGAAGCCUCAUCAUCAUCUGGAUCGGAGUGGGAGUGCGAGUAGUCAAGGGGUCAGGGGAGUGGGCAGGGUUCAAGAGAUUUGUUAUUAAAUUGAUUAAUUAGCUAAAAAGAUUCUUUAAGACGAAAAGGCGAAAAACCCCAGAAAAAUCCAACCUUUGUCUAAAUUUCUUGAAUAGUAAGGAAGAACCCUUGCCUAAGAUCCCUGCCCCAAGUAGAUCCAAGUAUUAACUGGUGAUCCACUGAAGAAGAAGCUUAACUAACUUGUAAAUGCCAGACCCUCUGUCCUUGAGUAUUAAGCUUAGACCUAGCCCUAAAUGUAUCUGUAUAAAAAGUAAGGCCCAAUAGAAUUAACAAUUUGUGUGAUAUUCGUGUAAGCAGCCUAAGUAGAUUUCAUUUUACCUUUACAACCAAUAAACAACAAAUAUAUACCGAAUAC